AUGAAGGGGAACAUGAAACGCACUUUCAAAUUGAAAAAACGUGAUAAAUUAUUGCGAUACUUUGAACAAGCUGCGAAAUCUUAUGGUAUUGCUGAAUUUGAUCAUCAUUUUCGCAAGAUUAAGGGAAAUGAUGAGGUUGCUCAAUAUCUUGAAAGUGUAGGAUUACACAAAUGGUCUAGAGCUCACAUGGAUGGACGUCGAUACAAUGUAAUGACAACAAAUAUUGCAGAGUCAAUCAACUCAGUCCUUUGGUUCGCAAGAAUGGUACCAGUGGUGCAUUUGAUUGAUGAAAUCAUCAAUCUGCUUGUGAAAUGGUUUAGUAAACGUCAUGAUUUUGCUUUGAAAUGUACAUCAACAUUGUGCCCUGACUUUGGCGAGAAGAAGUUGAGAUGCAGGUUGGAAUGUGCUUCAAGGAUGAAUGUCUUGAAACUAAAUCAUGUAGAGUAUAAUGUCGUGGACGGUGAUAUGGACGGCCAUGUACAUUUGACGAAUAACACUUGCAGUUGUAGGAAGUUUCAACUUGAGCAACUACCUUGCAAGCAUAUACCAUCUACCCGGUACAUUCCUGAAGAUGUCCAAAGUAGAGUUGUGAGUCCUCCCAAUGCAAAGGUCAUGCCAGGUUGA